GCCGGAUCGCACCGAACAGGCAAUGACAACGGCCUCAGCAACUCCGCAGCAGAUGAGAGACCGGCUGCUGCAGGCCAUCGAUAGUCAUAGCAAUGUGAGUAGCUAGCUAGCAACACGAUGUGGCUAUCUGGACGAAUAUUUCCAAUCUCAUUUUUAAAAAAAUAUAUAUAUAUAUAUAUGCCAAUUAUCCCCUGAUAAAUGAUAGCUAAGUAUACACGCUUUUGAGUUGACACAUUGCUAGCUAGCCAGCUUGCUACGCUGACGUUACCGGGCGCCAGCUAGUAAGUUAGCUAGGUUGCUAGCCUGCCCAACAGGGCAACGUUAAUGUUUAGCCAGCUAGUUUUAGCAUUGGCCAGCCUUCUCUCAGCUAGCCAGUCACACAACAUUCGCAAGUCAAACUGCAGUUGUUUUCACGUUUACCAAUACCAUAUAUUAACGUUAGUUACCUGGCUAGAUAGCGAACUGUAAUUAACUAACUGCAAACUUAAAAACAAGUAAACUUUUGAUACGCUGAAGUGAAGAAUGUCAGACGAAAUAGCGUUAGCCUAGCUAGCCUACUUCAAGUUGACACUACUUUUCUCCCAUUCCUCGCCCGUCAUACACGUUGUUGCAUAACUUCGCUAACGUUAGUAAGCUAGUAGCUACUACCUAUCUAGGUGCUGUUAGCAACGCGGGUGUAUUUAGUUACAUACACUAGCGUUGCUUUAAUUUCUAGGGUUGGGUUGCGCAAAAACAGUUAGUGGGAAGCCAGACGUGAAAUACAAUUACAUUUCAACUUACUGUGCGCUGGUGGGCAGGAGGGUUGAUCAUUAUAACGUGGGGAAUUUGAGACAAAAUCUAAAAUAUAUUAUUAAAGACUUUAGGAUGUCCAAUCAAAAACAUAUUUUGACCAGUGGGUAAAAUAAUGUAAUUGUGUAGAUAAUCCUCUAAGAAAACCAAUGGUCCAAACCUCAUGUCUCAUAGUGUGACAAUACAAAUAUUAUGUAUAUGUACAGGUGCAGCUCAAUAAAUUAGAAUAUUGUGGAAAAUGUAAGUAAUUUCAAUAAUUCAAAUUACAAAGUGAAACUCAUAUUGUGGAUUAAUUACACAAAAAGUGAAAUAGUUCAAGGCUAUUUGUUUUAAUCUUGAUGAUUAUGGCUUACAGCUCAUGAAAACCCCAAAUUCAGUAUCUCAGAAAAUUAGAAUAUUGUGAAAAAGUAAAAUAUUGUAGACUCAAGGUGUCACACUCUAAUCAGCUAACUCAAAACACCUGCAAAGGUUUCCUGAGCCUUUAAAUGGUCUCUCAGUCCAGUUCAGUAGGCUUCACAAUCAUGGGGGAGACUGCUGACUUGACAGUUGUGCAGAAGACAGUCAUCAACACCCUCCACAAGGAGGGGAAAGCCUCAAAGGAUCAUUGCUAAAGAAGCGCUGUAUCCAAGCAUAUUCAUGUAUCCAUGCAUUUCAUUUGGCAAUCAAGAUCCCAGAGUCUGGAGGAAGAGUGGAGAGGCACAUAAUCCAAGUUGCUUGAAGUCCAGUGUGAAGUUUCCACAGUCAGUGAUGAUUUGGGGAGCCAUGUCAUCUUCUGGUGUUGGUCCACUGUGUUUCAUCCAGUCCGAAGUCAACUCAGCCGUCUACCAGGAAAUGUUAGAGCAGUUCAUGCUUCCGUCUGCUGACAAGCUUUAUGGAGAUGCUGAUUUCAUUUUCCAGCAGGACUUGGCACCUGCCCACACUGCCAAAGGUACCAAUACCUGGUCAAUACUUAUGUCAUAUUAUAAUUUUCUGAGAUACUGAAUUUGGGGUUUUCAUGAGCUGUAAGCCGUAAUCAUCAAGAUAAAAACAAAUACAGGCUUGAACUAUUUCACUUUUUGUGUAAUUAAUCCACGAUAUAUGAGUUUCACUUUGUCAAUUUAAUUAUUGAAAUUACUUAAAUUUUCCACAAUAUUCUAAUUUAUUGAGCUGCACCUGUGUGUGUGUGUGUAUAUAUGUGUGUAUGUGAAGCAAUUUCUAAGAUUUUACUGAGUUCAUAUAAGGAAAUCAGUCAAUUGAAAUGAACUCAUUAGGCCCUAAUCUAUGGAUAUCAUAUGACUGGGAAUACAGAUACUUAAAAAAAAUAAGAAAGUGGGGCGUGGAUCAGAAAACCAGUCAGUAUCUGGUGUGACCACCACUUGCCUCAUGCAGGCGCGACACAUCACCUUCGCAUAGAGUUGAUCAGGCGGUUGAUUGUGGCCUGUGGAAUGUUGUCCCACUCAUCUUCAAUGGCUGUGCGAAGUUGCUGGAUAUUGGUGGAAACUGGAACCCGCUGUCGUACAUGUCGAUCCAGAGCAUCCCAACAUGCUCAAUGGGUGACAUGUCUGGUGAGUAUACAGGCCUGGAAGGACUGGGACAUUUUCAGCUUCCAGGAACUGUGUACCACACCUUUCGACAUGGGGCCGUGCAUUAUCAUGCUGGAACAUGAGGUGGUGGCGGCGGAUGAAUGACACGACAAUGGGCCUCAGGAUCUCGUCACUCUAUCUCUGUGUAUUGAAAUUGCCAUUGAUCGUGCCUGGUUUCCUCCAGACAUGACGCUUGGCAUUCAGGCCAAAGAGUUCAAUCUUGGUUUCAUCAGACCAGAGAAUCUUGUUUCUCAUGGUCUGAGAGUCCUUUAGGUGCCUUUUGACAAACUCUAAGCGGGCUGUCUGGCCUUUUUACUGAGGAGUGGCUUCCGACUGGCCACUGUACCAUAAAGGCCUGAUUGGUGGAGUGCUGCAGAGAUGAUUGUCUCUCUGGAAGGUUCUCCCAUCUCCAAAGAGGAACUCUGGAGCUCUGUCAGAGUGACCAUCGGGUUCUUGGUCACCUCCCUGACCAGGGCCCUUCUCCCCCGAUUGUUCAGUUUAGCCAGGCGGCCAGCUCUAGGAAGAGUCUUGGUGGUUCCAAACUUCUUCCAUUUAAGAAUGAUGGAGGCCACUGUGUUCUUGGGGACCUUCAAUGCUGCAGAAAUGUUUUGGAACCCUUCCCCAGAUCUGUGCCUCGACACAAUCCUGUCUCGGAGCUCUACGAACAAUUCCUUUCGACCUCAUGGCUUGGUUUUUGUUCUGACAUGCACUUUCAACUGUGGGACCUUAUAUAGACAGGUGUGUGUGCCUUUCCAAAUCAUGUCCAAUGAAUUGAAUUUACCACAGGUGCUCCAAUCAAGUUGUAGAAACAUCUCAAGGAUGAUCAAUGGAAACAGGAUGCGUCUGAGCUCAACUUUCAUUCUCAUAGCAAAGGGUUUGAUUACUUAAUGUAUUUCUGUCUUAUUUUUAACAAAUUAGCAAACAUUUCUGUUUUGAAUUUGUCAUUAUGGGGAAUUGUGUGUAGAUUGAUCAACAUUUUAUUUAUUUAAUCAAUUUUAGAAUAAGGCUGUAACGUAACAAAAUGUGGAAAAGGAGAAGGGGUCUGAAUACUUUCCGAAUGCACUGUGUGUGUAUAUAUACAGUACCAGUCAAAAGUUUGGACACCAACUCAUUCAUGGGUUUUUCUUUAUUUUUUACUAUUUUCUACAUUGUAGAAUAAUAGUAAAGACAUCAACUAUGAAAGAACACAUAUGGAAUCAUGUAGUAAACAAAAAAGUGUUAAAACAAAUCAAAGUAUGUUUUAUAUUUGUGAAUCUUCAAAGUAGCCACCCUUUGCCUUGAUGACAGCUUUGCGCACUCUUGGCAUUCUCUCAACCAGCUUCAUGAGGUAGUCACCUGGAAAACAUUUCAAUUAACAGGUGUGCCUUCUUAAAAGUUAAUUUGUGGAAUUUCUUUCCCUAAUGCAUUUGAGCCAAUCAGUUAUGUUGUGACAAGGUAGGGGGGGUAUACAGAAGAUAGCCCUAUUUGGUAAAAGACCAAGUCCAUAUGGCAAGAAGAGCUCAAAUAAGCAUUACUUUAAGACAUGAAGGUCAGUCAAUCCGGAAAAUUUCAAGAACUUUGAAAGUUUCUUCAAGUGCAGUCGCAAAAGCCAUCAAGUGCUAUGAUGAAACUGGCUCUCAUGAGGACCACCACAGGAAUGGAAGACCCAGAGUUACCUCUGCUGGAGAGGAUAAGUUCAAUAGAGUUACCAGACUCAGAAAUUGAAGCUCAAAUAAAUGCUUCACAGAGUUCAAGUCACAGGCACAUCUCAACAUCAGCUGUUCAGAGGGUAUUGUGUGAAUCAGUCCUUCAUGGUCGAAUUGCUGCAAAGAAACCACUACUAAAGGACACCAAUAAGAAGAAGAGACCUGCUUGUGCCUAGAAACACAAGCAAUGGACGUUAGACCAGUGGAAAUGUUUCCUUUGCUCUGGAGUCCAAAUUUGAGAUUUUUGGUUCUAACCGCUGUGUCUUUGUGAGACGCGGUGUGGGUGAACGGAUGAUCUCCGCAUGUGUAGUUCCCACCAUAAAGCAUGGAGAAGGUGUUAUGGUGUGGGGGUGCUUUGCUGGUGACACUGUCUGUGAUUUAUUUAGAAUUCAAGGCACACUUAACCAACAUGGCUACCACAGCAUUCUGCAGCGAUACACCAUCCCAUCUGGUUUGGGUUUAGUGGGACUAUCAUUUGUUUUUCAACAGGACAAUGACCCAACACACCUCCAGGCUGUGUAAGGGCUAUUUUACCAAGAAGGAGAGUGAUGGAGUGCUGCAUCAGAUGAACUGGCCUCCACAAUCCUCCGACCUCAACCCAAUUGAGACGGUUUGGGAUGAGUCGGACCGCAGAGUGAAGGAAAAGCAGCCAACAAGUGCUAAGCAUAUGUGGGAACUCCUUCAAGACUGUUGGAAAAGCAUUCCAGGUGAAGCUGGUUGAGAGAAUACCAAGAGUGUGCAAAGCUGUCAUCAAGGCAAAGGGUGGCUAUUUGAAGAAUCUCAAAUAUAAAAUAUUUUAAUUUGUUUAACACUUUUGGUUACAUGAUUCCAUGUGUUAUUUUAUAGUUUUGAUGUCUUCACUAUUAUUGUACAAUUUAGAAAAUAGUUAAAAUAAAGAAAAACCCUUGAAUGAGUAGGUGUGUCCAGACUUUUGACUGGUACUGUAGGUCAACACCAUCACUGGUAUUAUCAGGCUGUGUAGCUAAUUGUUUGCUCUGACCAUUUAGAUUGAACGCAAUUGUCUUGUGGUCGAGGAACAACAAAUAUGCUCCUUGAGUGGCGGGGGCAGGGCUAGGUUUGUGUGGAAAGCGGCAUGGAGAGAGAGCUGAGAGAGAUGACUGAAGUAGUGAAGUAAACUAUAAAAAUGUACGUUCGACACGGUGUAUCACAUUUUAACAAUCCAAACAUUCAAAUGCCGUUAUAGAAGGUGAAGUAAAAACCCAAACCGGUCCGUUCAUCAAUACCGGUAUAUCGUAAAAUACGGUAUAACGUCCGGCCCUAUAUUCAUGUUUACUGAUACCCGUUAUGUUUGGGUCCUGUGUAAUUAUUUCUGCAAGCUGUUUAAUUGCCAGUGCAAACAGGAGGGGGGAGAGAGGACAUUUAUAAACCAAUUUCAUCCGAUAAUGUAUUUCUGUAUAUUUUUGCUUUAGGACAUUUGAUAUAAUAUUUUUAUUACAUUUAUUAUUUCAGCUGGAAAGUUGUGAAAGCUUCCAAAGUUUUGAAUAGAAAAGGCCAUUCAAGACUGUCUAAAGCCUUUUCGGCAUCAACAGCCAUUAUUGAUGAAUAUGUCUUGUAUAAAACUGAAACAUGUUGUAUUUGUUUGUCUAUUUUUAAUAAACCCUGUAUAUGUAUCAAGUCUAAGACUUUGGCCAUUCUAUUGCUUAUGAGCUUAGUUAUUAUUUUGUCACAGGGUGUCUGUCCUAUUCAGUGUUUCUUAUGGAUAAGAUGCCUACCGAUACCUGUUAUAUAUGCAACAAGCUACUGUCCAUUGCUAGCAAGCUAACAUGUUUUAAGCCAGUGGUCACCAACCGACCGGGUGAUCGACUGGUCAAUCUCCAUGGCAUUCCUUGUCAAUCACCAAACAUUUCUGUAAAAAACCCAACGAAAAAGCCUUGUGUUCCUAUUUUUGCCAUUUGUUUCACACUGUUGGCGGUAUGUGCACUUGAUUCAGCAGCCCUAGUGCCGGGAAGGCAAAGUCUUCCCAUUUUGAACCAUUUCAUGUGUCUGAAGGUAGAACUCCACCUACCCGGCAGGCCCCAGAGGUAAAAUCAAGUGCACCUAUAGGCCUACCGCUGGCCAAUCAGCUCAGAUCACCAUGUCUGCAGUUUCUUGAGCCAUAUACUCUAAAAAGAAGCCUAGAGCGCACAGCAAAGUUGAUACUGUGAGAUUUCAAAACUUUUAAAACCAUGACUAGAGAAUCAACGAAUACAGUAUGUUUUUGAGUGAGUUCAUGUUUAAGUUGUUAUUCAGCAUUGUCAACACUGCGCAUUUUAUGGCUUAUAAAAGUAUUGUACAAUCUCCCUACUUCCACUCACGCUACAACCAGCACUGCCGCUGCAAUGAUUUGAUAAGCUUGUAUUAUUAGUGGCUUGUCUUUUUUUAAUAUCAAGGAAUAUUUCACUUUCUCUGGUCAUAGGCGUAACAACAUGAAUUGGUGCAUGAUAAGGAAAUGAGUUUUGCCAUUAUCUGGAAUACGGUGUCCCCUUUUCUCAGCGGGAGGGAGAGCGGCGGGAAGGUGAGAGGCAGCCUUACUGCUGUGCUCUCUCUCCCCCACCUCUGACCAUCAGAUGCAAGCCAUCAGUCCAGUAACAUUUUAAAAAGCUCAUUAUUAUGCUCUCAGCUGUGCAAAACAAAAUCUCAGCUUGCGUUUUGACUCUGAUCUUGACUCAAAAGGUUUGGAGAGCACUGUUUUAAAUAAUUGCUAGACUGCUUGAUAGACAGUUAAUAGCCAGCAUAGCGUUUAGCUCUAUCAAGAUAAUAGGCCAGCCAGCAAGCCAAUUGUUGCAUACUUAGAAGUAACAGCUAGCUAGCUUAGUAACUCUGUGCUGAAAGUCUGUGUUCUGAUAAUCUUUUUUGCUCCUUCCAGCAGAUUCACAAUAUGGUGGCAGUAUUAGAAGUUAUCACAUACUUGGAGAAAUUCCCUAUCACCAAAGAAGCACUUGAGGUAAGACCCAAAGCAUUGUAAGUGCUUUAAUUGUUGCCUGUGACAACGAUUCUAGUAUUCUUAAAAGGAUCAUUUGGGAUUUUGGCAAUGAGGCCCUUUAUCUAUUUGCUAGUAUUGGCUGGUGAAACUACCUCCCAACUUCCUUCAUUCUGGACACAUAUACAUAAAAAUGGUAUCCACAAGUUCAUCUGACCCUGGGGAAGUAGAUAAAGGGCCUCAUUGCCGAAAUCCCAAAGUAUCCCUUUAACAACUUUUUAUUUGCAUUACCAAUUUAGGAAACUCGAUUGGGGAAACUGAUCAAUGAUGUGAGGAAGAAGACCAAGGAUGAAGACCUUGCCAAGCGUGCCAAGAAGCUUUUGCGGAGCUGGCAGAAAUUGAUCGAGCCGGGGCAAAAUGAGACUCCAUCGCGGGGGGCGGUAAGUGUCUCGGGCUCUGCCAAUGGUGGUGCCCACCCCUGUCGGAUUGACGUUCCACCCCCUGACGUAUCCCUGGCAGGCAAAGGUGUCCAAGAGGUCAAAACCAGAAAUGACGUCCACAACACCUACUCGCCCAAAGCAGAGAAGUCAAGCAGCAGGAAGCGUAGAGGGGAGCAAAAGGACAGUGUGCAUUUACCGGCCAAAACCUCCAAGAUGUCCCCCAAUGAGCAGAUGCACAACUCCACUCCGCCGCCACCUCCCACAAAUGGUAUUACAGGUAACCCUGAGGCUCCCCCAGAUCUAGAGGCUACCCCAUCGCCGGACAGGGCCCGGACAGAGCACACUGAGAAUGAAAAACACAGUAGAAUCCCUGUCAAUGCUGUCAAGCCUCACCCCAGCUCCCCGGGCCUCACCAAACUACCUAGCACUUCCUCCUUACUCAAGACUGCUGUGUUGCAGCAGCAGGCAAGGCUGGACGAAGGAGGAGGGGGGCAAUAUCAGGCCAAAAGCCCCCGCUGCCUCUCAAGUCCACGGACUAUGAAGCAAGAGACUAUGUCCAAGCGCUCUUCAACAUAUGCACCAAAAGGGACUAUCCCAAGCCCAGCUCGGAGUCCUCGCUUGCCUUCGUCCCAGCCUUUAACGUCCCCAGCCCAAGUGUCUCACGUGGACGGGCUGCCACCCCCUGCCCAUAGGGCCUCACUGCACUGGCCCGGCUCCUCAGAGGUCACCACCAAUCCCCCACACAGCACUGCAACACUAGAACCCCCGCCUGUCUUCCCUCCCAUCUCCCAGCCCGUCCCACAAAACUCUGAAAGCGCAGAACUCCACAGACCCACACCCUCCUCCUCUGUAAUGGUGGUCAAGGCUGAGGCAGAAGUCUCUGCCUCCAGCUCGGACCGCAAAAAGAGGAAGAAGUACAGGUCCAGAGACUACGCUGUCAACCUGCAGGGGCAGGACACCGAGGACAAAACAAAGCCUGUGCGGUUAAAAGAGCGCAGGCUAACGUUUGACCCUGUGACUGGGCAGAUCAAGUCCAUGGUACAUAAAGAACCCUGUCAGGUGGAGGAACCCCCAAUGCCACCUCCCCCUGAGCCCCAACAGAGGACUGAGCUGCACCUGCAGCAGCCUCCCACCCCCAGCCCCUUCCAACAGACUAACUGGAAAGAGCUGUCCCGAAACGAGAUCAUCCAGUCCUACCUAAACCUUCAGAGCAACGUGCUCACAUCCUCGAGGGUCAAGGCCCCCGGCGCGCACUUUUUCAUGUCAGAAUACCUGAAACAGGAGGAGAGCGAUCUCAGGGAGGCGAGGCGAGGAGUCCACGUCUUGCAGCUGGACAGCUCGGUAACGGACACACCUGGAGUGAGCCGGGAGGUGACCGACAAGGACCUCCACAGAGUACAUACGGAGCACUGGCAAGGGGUAAAUGGUUGUUACGACACCAAGGGCACUUGGUACGACUGGACGGAGUGUAUAUCCUUGGACCCACACGGGGACGAGAGCAAACUGAACAUCCUGCCAUACGUUUGCCUAGACUGAGGAGAUGGGGUCUCUGUCAAUUGUUUGUCAAAGGGCUGUUUCAGUUCUGUUUUUCAAAAAUAAAAAGUUGCAGGAAAG